AUGAAGUCUUUUUUCUGUAUGAAUAUUAGGAAUCAAAAAUAUCAAAAUUUACCAUCAACCACUACAAUUAAACUAUUGGAACAUAAAGAUUAUGAAAAAUCACACCUUCCAUUAACUGGUAAAGAAGAUCCAAGCACAAUUAGAUCAAUCUAUAUUAGUAAUAAACCAAAAUAA